AUGGGAAUCUUCACCAGAGGUUUAUAUUUCUACUUUAUUAUUCUCUUCUGUAAUGGAGAAGGUGAAUUUAAACAUCCAGGCAAUGAGAUCUGUGUGUCUACCACAACCUCUAAGUGCUCAUCAGUAUCUGAGUCACAAACUCCAAGAAAAGUCCUCAACAUCUUUCAUGUUAUUAAAUACCUAACCAGAAGGAAGAGGCUUGUUAAUAGUGUUCCCGAAGGUGUAAAUUCAUCACAUAAUCAGAACUUUCAAGUUGAGCCAACAGCUGUUUCCUUUAACAACCUACCACAGAAAAUGUCUGAUCAAAACUCUCAUCAGAAAUUGUCACAAAAGUUUGUUCAGUUUCUAGAGAAUCAACUAUUUCAAUCACUGUGGGACACCACAAGGCCUCCCAUGCCAUCAGAGAAGCAGCAAGAAGACAAGCGGCUUCUAAAUAUUAAUUCAAUGUUGAAGCAGAGUGUUCUGGAUCACAAAAGACAAGAUAUGCAGGAAACUUCAUUUCCACCUUCUGCAUUAAAGGGUGAUAAUGGUUGUGGGGUCCUGGUGAGUGGAGUGCUUGAUCUAUCAAACAGAAAACUGUCUGACAGCAAACUGAAGGAGAAAAUAGAUUCUUGGCAUUGCAGAGCUACAAUGGACAAAAUCAGAGGACUUAAUGCUAGUCACAAUGAUCUAAACAUGGAUCUCAGUGUCCUGAUUUCACUCCUCCUGAAAAUGAAGAAUGUGCACUCUACUGACAUGAGUUACAACAAAAUAACUAACAAUGGUACUCACAGAACCAAGAUGUGUAAUUUGAAGUCCACCAAUCUUUUGUUUUUAAACCUUAGCCACAACCCACUCAGAACUCUGGACAAUCUGUGUCUCCCUUCAACUCUCAAAAGUAUCGAUUUAUCUUUCACAAGUAUUAAUAAAAUACCAAAGGAGCUUGGUGGAGAACUUUUUCACCUAGAAGAGAUGUAUAUUCAGGGAAACCAUUUUAUAUACAGACCUCAGCCAUAUGGUCCUGCUUCUGACUUUUUUCAUCAGGCUUUAAGAAUUAAUCCUAUAAUGGUCCAUGUAAAUGUUGUUUCACAAAUUGAUUUUCCACAGACUCCUAUUCAAAGCCUCCCCCACCAGGUAAAGCAUUUACAAAUGUCAAAUUGUUCUAUUGUAGAGCUUCCAGAAUGGUUUGAAAACACAAUGGCAAAACUUGUUUUUCUAGACCUCAGUAAUAACCCCCUGAAUUUAUUCCCUCAGUUGCCAACUUCUUUGCAGCACCUGGAUUUAAACAACAGUAACAUUGAAAGUUUAAUUGAUAUGAGCCAUUUCUCCAAUUUAACAGUAUUAAACAUUCAAAACAAUAAAAUGAUAGGUCGUCUUCCAGCUGAGCAUCUUCCACUCUCACUGAAAGAACUUGAUGUUAGUAAAAAUAAACUACGUACGUUCCCACUCCAGGAAGCACAGCAAAAAAUAGAAUCCUUGAAUGUUUCUGGAAAUCUAAUAAUGCAGCUGAAUCUGAAUACUUCUUUCCCUUUGCUCACCAACUUAGAUGUGAGCCAUAAUAUAAUUACAGAGCUUUCACAUCACAUGGGAGAAUUUCUGCCAGCACUGAAAUAUUUUAAUUUGUCUGGAAACAAAAUUUCUUUUCUACAGCCAGGGUCUCUUCCUCAGUCAUUGCUUGAAUUAGACAUAAGCAACAACGCUAUUACCAUAAUCAUGAAAGAGACAUUUAACAAUCUGCAAAAACUGCAAGUGUUGACUGUCCAAGGAAAACAUUUCUUUUGCAACUGUGACUUAUACUGGAUUGUGAACACAUAUCUGUCUAGUACACGUGUGAAGGUAAAUGGACGAGAAGACAUGUUGUGCAGCUACCCACCUAGUAAGCGGGGUCUUUUGGUUGAACACAGUAACCUAACACUACUGAAUUGUUCUCUUGGCCUUCAAAUGGGAAUUACAGCUUGCGUGGCCAUCUUUGUUAUAUCCACCAUCAUGACGCUUUGCUGGCACUUUGACGGACCCUGGUAUAUAAAGAUGGGUUGGUACUGGUGCAUGGCUAAGAGAAAACAAUAUGAGAAGAGCCCACAACACAAACUAUAUGAUGCCUUCAUUUCAUAUAGUGAAGACGAUGCAGCAUGGACUAAAGCAACCCUGCUGGAAAAACUGGAGACCUGUGGAUUUAAGGUAUGUUACCAUGAGAGAGACUUCAAGCCAGGGCACCCAGUUCUCGGGAACAUUUUCUAUUGCAUUGAGAACAGCCACAAGGUUCUUUUUGUGCUAUCACCUAGUUUUGUCAACAGUUGCUGGUGCCAGUAUGAGCUGUACUUUGCUGAACAUCAGGUCCUUAAUGAAAAUCAAGACUCUCUCAUAAUGGUUGUGCUGGAAGAUCUCCUGCCCAACAGUAUUCCACAAAAAUUCUGCAAGCUUAGGAAGCUGCUGAAAAGGAAAACCUACUUAAAAUGGAGCCCAGAGGAACACAAACAAAAGCUCUUCUGGCACCAGUUGACUGCUAUAAUGAAAACUGUCAAUGAGCCAAUGGUUUUACAUCAGAAAAUGGACUGCAGCUGGCAAAUGGAGACAGAAAUGGAACUCAAACGCUAUGGAAGUGGAAAAAGAGCUUUUAUAAUGUGCUGCUUGCUGAGAGUCUCUGACUUUUUUUACCAGCCCAGGGAAUAA